AUGGCCGAGGACCGGGAUGGCGGUGGCAUGCAGCACUGCGGGUGUCAGAUCGGGCGCCCGUGUAGCUGCGGGAUGCGCCUGCUCCUGGCGCGCGAAGCGAAAGUCGAGCUCAGCGAGGAGUACGACGAGAUGGAGCUCGCGCCGGGCGUCGUCAUGCGCCUCAAGAAGGAAUACGAAAACGUGCCGGGCACGCGGCUCUAUCGCCUCCUGCGCAUGUAUCGCCUCUCGCUUCUCGACGCGAUCGCCGACAUGACGGCCAUCAUCGACCUCGCCUCGACGCACAAGCGGCUCAUCGUCGUCGACACGACCGAGCUCCUGACGCGCAAAGACACGGUUGUCGCCAUCUCGAGCAAUACGUCGAUGACGGCCAAGCAAAAGCGCGAUGGGAUGCAAGUCGCGUCGCACAUGCCGUCGCGGUACGCGGACCUCAACCUCGCGAGCCUACAAAAGCCGCCCGUGCCUCCGUUGGCAGCGCCCAUCUCGAUCCACACGCUCGAGCCGCACCUCAAGCGCCUCUUGGAGGUCGCGUCGGCGACGAUCGCCAAGACGCGCCUCAACCUCGCGACGUGCAAAGCGUUUGUGCAGACGUACGCAUCGACGCGCAUUCAGUGCAUAGUCCGCGGGCGGCUCUCGCGUCGCACCCAUGUCUAUGACAUGACCACGUUUUGGGGCUGCGCCGAAAUGGCCGCGGCCGUCUGUCUUCAGCUCCUCGUGCGGCGCCGCCAGGCGGUGGCGCGCGUCCAUCGCGUUCGAAGCGCGUGGUGGGCACACCAUCGCGGCGUCGCGAUUCUGCAUCUCCAGCGCAUCGCCCGCGGCUACUUGGCGCGACAGCAGUACGCGCAGGCACUUGCCGACGUGCAAGCGGCACGCGUCGCCACCGCGGCCCUUCGAUUGCAGUGCUGGUGGCGAUCACUGACAGCCAAAGCGUUUGUCGCACAGCGUCGUCGGACCGUGUACGCCGAGUUCGACCACCGCCAUCGCCACGCAAGUGCGACGACGAUCCAGCGGUACUACCGCGGCUACGAUGGUCGGCGAGUGCUGCGGCGGCUGCGUAUCGAGGCGUCGCUGUGCGAGCCCGUGCGUGCACUCGCGAUGCAGUACAUGGCGACCGGGGAUCUCUGGGCGUUUCUUCGCGCGGUCGACAAUGACUAUCGGCGCUUCCUGCACGAAAAGCAAGACGAAGAAGAGAACGCGUCGACGUUUGUGCAAAAGUUUCUCCGCGAAAAGCACCUGCUGGAAGAACAAGCCAUUCAAGCGUGGCACGUCUCGAGAGCCCUCGAGUCGCCGGUGCUGCAGCGCAUCGAGCGCACGGCGUCAGCCUACACGACAAGCAAGUCACCGUCGCCCGAACGACCCAGCCACCCGUCGUCACCGCAACGGACAUCGGCGUCCACGUUCGGCUCGCUCAGUCGGUCGCCAUCGCCCGAGCGCCAAAGUUCGCCACCAAAGCCGGUGGCGCCCGCAGGUAUCUUUUCGCCGGAAGCCUCGCCCGAUGAAGUCGCUUUGGGUCGUCUCGCGCCCGAGUCCAUCGAUCUCCCAGACAAAUACUCGCCCAAGCUCCUUCGGCUUGCGAUGGCCGAAGGCUACUCGCUACCCGAAGUGAUUGCGGGCUUGCGCGGUCUCGAGGCGCAAGGACGGUCGAUUCGAAGCAUCAAACUGCUUCUUCGCGAACUUCGGCGACGAACACCGCUCAUGCGCAACUCGUUCCGGUCCGAGCGCGUCGUGCGCGCGGCCGAGCCGGUGAAAGACCGCCCUGUGCUCACCAUGUGGUCGUCCAAGCGCAUUCCGCCAUCGCCGACGGUGUCAUCAACGCCGACGGAGACUGCCUCUCCGUUCGCCACAAAGACCGAGAUCCAAACGUACAUUUUGCACGCACUGCCAAGCGGCAUCAAGGAGCCGAUCGCGAAAUUUCUCUUUGUCGCCGGUCUUCUCCUCUUUGUGCCGCCGACGAUCGACGCGAGAGGCAACAUUGCGUCCCAGCACGACCCGUGGACUGCAUCGCGCGAGGCCAAUGCGCACCUGAGCGCGUACUUGCGCAUGCCCCCGGGACUUCUCAAGGUGCGACGCGAGCAGCUCGUCACCAGUGCUCUGGACGGGACAUUUGCGACUUUGAAAGCCCACGGGCUCGUUCACGCCUGCGAUUUGGCACCCUACGACGUGGCGCAUCUGGUCGACUGGGCGAUCCCAGUAGCGCUGGCAGAAACUAUCUUUUGGCUCUUGCAGACGCUCGUCGAGAUGGCGCGCAAUGGACGACCGACGACGUUGGUGCAUCGGCUCCGCACCGAAACAAAGCGACCGACAACCCAGGACACGGAGGUCUUUGAAGGCGGCUUCUCGCCGCGGGCUGACACGCCGGCGAUCGUAUCUCGGGCGCGCCUCGAAGACGAGGUCGGGCUCUUUGCCGACAUGAAGGCGCGUCUGGAAGCGCAAGUGCUCUCGCCCGUCGCCAUGUCGCACUCGAUCUACGAACUCCUCUUUCAAGCCGUGUUUGUGACGCUGCCGGUCCACGCCGACGACCUCGCGACGUACGGCAGCCAUCACUUGGAUGCGUUCGUGCACAUGCUCGUGGCGCCCAAAAUGGACGUCCACAGCACCCAGCGACUGCUCAAGAAGCGCUGUGAGCGCGCGUCGGCGGUCGCCCGCGACUACAGCAACGUGUUUCGGGACGCAGGGUGCCAUACUGUGCGCGAUAUUGUCCACCGCCAGCUCAACACGUUCCAACUGCCACUCGGCCUCGACGAGCAAGUGCGCAUUCUCGUCGGGCGGCUUGUGUUUGCCAGUCCGACGCCGCAGCGCCGCAGUACACCCGACCUCGUGCCGCUGACGCGCCCCAUGAGCAGCGCCAGCGUUGACGCACUCUCGCCCCCGUCGCGCGCCAAGUCCAUACUGGAGCCUCUCGCGUCGCCGCUCGUGUCGCGAGGCAAGCGCAUGCUACAAGCGAUGGAUCCAAGUGACAUGGAUGGCAUUACCAACGUCUUGGACGACGAUGUCCUGUGGGCGAGCGAUCUCAAGGUCGGGUAG